CUGGCUACAGGAGCUAGUUUCAAUACAUUAUCUUUUGAUUAUCUGAUGGGAGCUUCUACAAUACGAGAUAUUACUAAAACUACAUGUGAGCAAAUAUGGAAUAUACUUCAACCAUUUUAUUUGUCUACCAAAGAAGAAGGCGACUGGAUUAAAAUCGCAGACGAAUUCUAUAGUCGCACAAACUUUCCAAACAUCAUUGGAGCAAUUGAUGGCAAACAUAUACGGAUGAUACAGCCAGAACAUUCCGGUUCAUCAUAUUUUAACUACAAAAAGUUUUUUUCGUGCGUGUUAAUGGCUUGGACAGACGCAGAUUAUAAAUUUGUAUAUAUAGACGUUGGUUCUUAUGGAACAGCUAGUGAUUCGGAAAUAUUUAAAUCAUCAGAAAUGGGUAAACGGCUGUCCCAAAACCGAUUAAAUAUUUCCUCCGGAAGGCAUUUGCCUAAUGAUAAUGUCGGAGAUGUUAUUCCAUUCUCUGUCGUAGGGGAUGAAGCGUUUGGACAUGGCAAUCAUAUACUACGUCCUUAUGCAAAAAAAGAAAUUUAA